AUGCCCCUUUCCAACCUGUGUCUAGAGCUGAUGUCUGGUGGUGUGUAUCCUAUGGAAGUAAAGGACCUGAUGGCCCGUGUAGAGAGGGACGGGGAUUUAUCCCGGUCCAAAAGAUCAACAGGAGUGGAUCCUGGAGACCCCACCUAUAUUGACGCCAUAGGAGUCCCUAGGGGGGUGCCAGAUAAGUAUAAACUACUGCACAGCAAGAUGACCAACCGGCGUGUGGUGCUGCUGAUCGUGUGUAUCUGGGCAGGGGCUAUCAUCAUGGGGCUGGUCCCCUCCAUAGGGUGGAACUGUGAGUGCCAGUGUCAACGAUUGUGUGCAGAGAUCAACUGCUCAAUCAUCGCCCCGCUCUACAGCCACAGGUAUAUGAUCUUCUGGGCGUCUCUCAACCUGCUCACCUUUUCUGUCAUGGUGGCUGUGUACGCACGCAUCUAUGUCUACGUGAGACGUCAGGGUAAACGGAUGUCUCAGCACACCUCCCACCAUCUGAGGCACAAUGAGACUGUCGUCAAUCUCAUGAAGACUAUCUCUAUUGUACUGGGAGUGUUUGUCAUAUGUUGGACGCCGGGCCUGAUGACUCUGUUGCUAGAUGGGAUCAUGGGUAAAGACAGCCAUGCCAUGACCUAUGAGAAGUACUGUCUGACCCUGGCUGAGUGUAACUCCUUGGUUAACCCUAUUAUCUACUCCUUCCUGGACGAGGAAAUGAGAAGGACCUUUAAGUGUAUCCUGUGCUGCCUGUGUAGGAGGAGCUCUGACCACCAGGGGGAGCAGUCACCUGUGGAGUUCAACACACUGCAACCAGAGUGUGUCUUAACCUAG